GAGCCGUGCCAAGAAACGUGCUCAUUGCAACAGUGUACGCUAAUGUAUGUAAUAGACAUAUGGCGUACAUGCAUGUAAAGCUCAAUCUUGCUGAUAGUGCUUCUCGUACGGAAACAAGACGGAAAGUUGGAACGGAAAUCUUGUUUUGAUCGAGGAUAUGAAGCUCCAAUGAUUAGCAUGCACGUUUUCCUCAUUAAACAUCGGAUACCCGGUUCCUGGAAAACAACCGAGAAAGGGUAUAAAUAGAAGCUGUAAUGAUCUUUUGUUGAAUAUUGAUCAGUAACACAGACUACAAUGGCGAACUUUUUAUUGCCUUUACUCCCUAUCGUACUGGCCUGCUUGCAGGUUGUCGAUGCAGCUCAAACAAUCACCGUAUUGACCAUGAACGUUGCCGGUUUACCAGCAGCAAUUAAUGGAAAUGGUGAAGGCGACAAGAAACAAAAUUCGUUGGAUAUCGGUACAGCAUUUGCAAAUGGUAAAUUUGAUGUCAUUCAUGUUCAAGAAGAUUUCAAUUAUCAUGCCUACAUCUACAGAACUGAUACGCAUCCAUAUCGAACGGCAACAAGCGGAGGCGUGCCAAUCGGUUCGGGGUUGAAUACGUUGAGCAAUUUUGCAUUUUCAAAUUUACAAAGAAUCAAAUGGGAUAAAUGCUACCUAAAUGAAGGUGAUUGUUUAACGCCAAAAGGUUUCACUUCUAUGACAAUCACGUUCGAUCAAGGUAAGGAAGUUGAUUUUUAUAAUUUACACGCAGAUGCAGGUGACGAAGAUGGUGAUGGAGAAGCUCGUGUCUCAAACCUUGCUCAAGUUGCUAAAGCAAUUGCUACUACUUCUGCCGAUCGUGCAGUGAUCGUGAUGGGUGAUACAAAUUGUCGUUAUACUCGUGCAAUGGAUAAAUUAAGUGAUUUCAUCACUGCUUCGGGCGUCACCGAUCCUUGGGUUACCUUGUACCGCGGAGGUUUGGCACCAGCUCAAGGCGCAGAUCCUCUCUUAUGUGCUGAUCCAAUUCCAGCAGACAAUACUUGUGAAACGGUUGACAAGAUUUUCUACCGCUCUGGAACAGAUGUCAAACUUUCAGCAUUGUCAUGGACAUACGAUGCUAGUGAAUUUUUGAACAAGACAACUGGCAAGCCUCUUUCCGAUCAUGUACCAGUCAAGGCAACAUUCAGUAUAGCUUGAUGCGAUCUAUGAUUGCAGUCUUCAGUCAUUUAUCAACUUUGACAGCUUCCUCUUUGUGAUUGUCCCAAGAGU